AGUUUACUGAAUUAUUAACUUGUCCCUUCGUUUUAUUACUGUAAAAGAAAAAUAUUUUUCCUACAGUCUCCCCUCCCUUUCAGGACAAGCUGAGUGUAAAAGCUACGGGCAAUUUCACGAGCUUCCUCCCCGGAUCUACAGGGCGGCACCUCCCACAGCAGUUUCACUUCUGAGUUUAGACCAGUCUGAGUUAACUUCCUCACCCAGAUCUCAGGAACCGGCAGCGACCAGCGACGGAGGGAGCUAGCAGUGCAUAUGUGCUCGCUGCAUGGUGAAGGGAGUGAGAAGGGUCCAGGCCCAGGUUUUUUCGGUGGAGGGAAAGGAGACGUACUCCAUGUCAGAUCUCCGAAGAUCCAGGAUGUGAGAGAGAAGACCACGUGACCUGUGGAGGCCAGUGGCAGCCAGUGCAUCGGAAAGAGCCUCAGACAAGGUGAAGUUCCAUCACUGUGGGAAAGUUCUGGCUGCUUAAUCUCUGCCUCUGGAUCCAAUAUUAGAGAUUUUCAGGAAAAGCCAUGGCCUCAACCCCAAUCACCAAGAAGAUGAGGGAGGAAGCCACCUGUUCCAUCUGUCUGCAACUGAUGACCGAGCCAGUGAGCAUCAGCUGUGGCCACAGCUACUGCCACUGGUGCAUCAUGAGCUUCUGUGAGAUGCAACCAUGGCUGGAGUUGUUCUCCUGUCCCCAGUGUCGGGUGCCAUUUAAAAUGGCGAGCCUCCGACCCAACAAGCAGCUGGGAAACCUCAUUGAAGCCAUCAAGGAGAUGGACCAGGAAAUGUCAUGUGAGGAACAUGGAGAGAAGCUCCAUCUGUUCUGUGAAGACGAGGGCCAGCUCAUCUGCUGGCGCUGUGAUCGAGGACUGCAGCACAAAGGGCACACCACAGCUCUGGUGGAAGAUGCAUGCCAAGGUUACAAGGAAAAGCUCCAGGAAGCUGUGACAAAAUUGAGGCAACUGGAAGAGGAAUGUAUGAACUUGAAGGUGUUCACGGCAAAGCAAAUAACCGAAUGGAAUGAGAAGACAGAAGUUCAGAAACAAAAAAUCCAGUCUGACUUUAAGAAUCUCCAGAGCUUCCUGCAUGAGGAAGAGAAGUCUUACCUAUGGAAACUGGAGAAAGAAAAAGAGCAGACUCUGAGGAGACUGAGGGACAAUGAGGCCAAGCUUGAACAGAAGAGCCAUGAACUCGAGAGCUACAUCCAGGAACUAGAGCAUAAAUGUCAGGGCUCAGCCCAAAAUUUGCUGCAGGAUGUGAAAGAUACUUUGAGCAGGAGUUGGGCUGUGAAGCUAGAACAACCACAGGCCCUCUCUUUGGACGUUCAUACUGUGUGCAAUGUUUCUGAGCUUUACUUUGAUGUGAAGAAAGUGUUAAGGAGCUACCAAGUCAGCGUGACUCUGGAUCCAGAUACAGCUUAUUACGAACUAAUUCUGUCUGAGGAUCGGAGACAAGUGACUCGUGGAUGCCCCCAGGAGAAUCUUAAUAUUUCUUCUAGGAGAUUUAGUGCCUUACCCUGUAUCCUGGGCUGUGAAGGCUUCACCUCCGGAAAACAUUACUUUGAAGUGGAUGUGGGAGAAGGGACUGGGUGGGAUUUAGGAGUCUGUAUGGAAAAUGUGCAGAGGGACACUGUCAUGGUGCAGACGCCUCAGUCUGGAUUCUGGGCCAUCAGACUGUGCAAAAAGAAAGGCUAUGUAGCGCUUACCUCUCCCCUAACUUCCCUUCAGCUGAGGGAGCAGCCCCUGGUUGUGGGGAUUUUUCUGGACUUUGAGGCUGGAGUUGUAUCCUUUUACAACAUGACCACUGGUUCCCACAUCUUCACCUUCCCAAAGGCCUCCUUCUUUGACACUCUCCGGCCCUAUUUCCAGGUCUAUCAAUAUUCUCCUUUGUUCCUGCCUCCCCCAGAUGAGUAAGGGAAGGAGCAAAGUCUCCUCCUUGAUUUAACUAGCAUAGAGAGUAUAAUCUGAAUCCCAUGAGGACAGAAAUGUGGUCUCUUUUCUUCGCUGCUAUUUCCUUGUACCUAAAACAGUGCUGGGUUUUUAGUGUAUACUUAAUAAAUCUGCCUUGAAUAAAUGACUGUAAUGACUGUAAAAA